ACACGCAGCUAGCACGUUUUGUGCACGUUGGUACCUCCCUGAGCGACAGCUUCUCGCUGCUCUACCGACGUUUUGCAUAAGGCAGCUCCUCUAAUCGUCCAAAUAGUGCCAGACGCUACCUGAAGUCAUGGCUGACCAGGUGGCUGCCAUGUGUGAACAGCUUAUCAAGGCUGUAAAUGUCAUAAUGGAUGCAGAAACAAGCCAAAUGUAUCGACUGGAGGCCCUAAAGUUUUGUGAGGAGUUUAAAGACACAAACUCCUUGUGUGUCCCAUGUGGCGUCCAAUUAGCCGACAAAGCCCAGCCAGCUGUAGUAAGACACUUCGGUUUGCAAAUACUGGAGCAUGUCAUCAAGUUCCGAUGGAACAACAUGGAACAAGAAGAGAAAGUCCAAUUAAAAGAGUGUGCUAUGCAGCUCUUAUCAAAAGGUACUCAUUCUAUCCUGGAAGAGGAAAGCCACAUCAAAGAUGUGCUGUCACGAAUUGUAGUAGAAAUGAUCAAACGAGAGUGGCCUCAGCAUUGGCCACAUAUGCUGAAGGAGAUGGAGGCUCUCACUGUUGAAGGGGAAGCCCAGACAGAGCUAGUGAUGUUGAUCCUCUUGAGACUGGCAGAAGAUGUGAUCACAUUCCAGACUUUGCCCAGCCAGCGACGCAGAGACAUUCAACAGACACUAACUCAAAACAUGGAAAGCAUCUUCAGCUUUCUCAUGGCCAUUUUGCAUCUUAAUGUAGAAGAAUACCGUAAACUGAAAGGGUCACCUGAGCACGGACUGAAGGCUAGAGCUCAUUGUCGAGUUUCUGUGGCUACGCUGAACACACUUGCAGGUUAUAUUGACUGGGUGUCAUUGGUUUACAUCACCAAUCGGAACUGUCAGCUACUGGAGAUGUUGUGUCUCCUGCUGAGUGAACCAGAGCUGCAGCUUGAGGCAGCAGAGUGUCUGCUCAUCGCCAUUAGUCGCAAAGGUAAACUGGAGGAUAGGAAACCAUUUAUGCUGCUGUUUGAUGAUGUGGCUAUCGACUACAUCCUGUCUGCAGCUCAGUCAGCAGAUGAAUUGGCCAUAUGUAAGAAAUCCGCUGAAUCACCUUCAGUGGAAGUGGUGGAGCGACGUUAUAUUUUCCUGAAGAGACUGUGUCAGGUCCUUUGUGCUCUGGGGGGUCAGCUAUGUUCAUUAAUUGGUUCAGAUAUUGACAUUGAUGUGCAUGUACCUUCAAAUCUCAUCAAGUAUUUGGAAGCCCUGUUAGCUUUCACUAAACAUUCAAGUCAGUUUUUAAAGUCAUCCACCAUGGCUACUUGGGGAGCUUUGUUCAGAAAUGAAGUGCUGUCAAAGGAUGCAGUUGUUGUGGAGAUGGCCAUUAAAUACCUCAAAACGUCUAUGACCAACUUUGUCAAGACUGGAUUUCCAUCCAAAGAAGAUAAUCCAAGUUGUCAGUACUCUCGUGUGGACUUUGACAGUGAUGAGGACUUUAAUUCCUUCUUUAAUUGUUUCAGAGCGCAGCAGGGAGAGGUGUUGAGGUGUGUAUGUCGGAUAGUUCCUCUGGAGGCCUUUCAGAUAGCAGCAGAAUGGUUGCAUUAUCAGAUUGCCAGCCCUAUUGACAUCGGUGAUGCCACAUCUAAGAUGUCAGAGGGUCUAUGCUCCAUCCUGUCUCCAUCGGUAGUUCAGUGGGAUGCCAUGACUGUCUUCAUGGAGUGUGUGACAGCACAGAUCUUCAAAAGUCUUGAAGAAGAGAAGCUGCCCAUAGAUCAGAGCGUGGAGAUGUUACAGGCCGUUGUGAACUAUGAGACCAAAGACCCGCUCAUCCUGUCCUGCGUGCUCACCAACGUCUCUGCCCUUUUUCCUUUUGUCAUACAUAGACCACACUUCCUGUCACAGGUCCUCUACAAGCUGUUCAAUGCUAUUACAUUUGAAGUUGCUCAAGAAAAUAAGGCACCUUGGACGAGAGCUGUAAAGAACGUGAGAAGGCACGCCUGUUCCUCCAUCAUCAAAGUUUGCAGAGAUUACCCACAGUUCCUUUUGCCUUGUUUUGACAUGUUUUACAACCACGUGAAGAAGCUGUUCUCGAGCGACGCCAAGCUGACUCACAUGGAAAAAUGUUCACUGAUGGAAGCUCUGGUGCUCAUCAGUAACCAGUUCAAAGACUUUGCGAAACAGAAGGCUUUUAUAGAUGAACUGAUGGCCCCAGUAGCCGCAGAAUGGACCUCGGAUGAGAUGAGACGCAUUUUAUGGGACCCUGUCACGUUCCUAUCCUUUGUUGGAGCUGACCAGGUGGUCUCUGAGCAAAGUACAUACACAGAACCAGCAGGUCUAAAUAGGGGACGGGUGACUUUCUGUAUGUACGCCAUGUUGGGAGUAGUGAAGCGAGCACGUUGGCCUGCAGACCUAGAGGAAGCCAAGGCUGGUGGCUUCGUGGUGAGCUACACCCCUGCUGGAGCUGCAAUCUACAGAAACCCCUGCGCUGCACAGGUUCUGGUGAUGCUCCCCAACUUGCUGGCUCUAAUCAGGACUCACAACAGUCUGUUUCUGCCAGAAAACAUGGCUUGUCUGAGUGAGAGCUUCUCUAGGACCCACGAUGUAAUGGAUGUGGAGAAAAAGUUGAUUUUUGGUCUCCCUCAGCAGGUUUUGGAUACUCCUGUGUACAAAACUAACUUGGAGCGCAUGCAGGGAUUUUUCACCUUGUUAUAUGACAACUGUCUCCACAUCAUGGGGAAUGUGGGUAUGUCCCUGCAGCAGGAGUUCUACACUAUAGAUAGGCUGGCUGAGGAAAUAGCUGGCUCUGUUUUUCUCUCCCUCGACCACGUGCCUGACCACAGACUUCGCCCUAUAAUUCGGGUGUUUUUAAGGCAGUUGGUGUUGUCAUGUCCUCAGGAGUAUUAUGAAAGUCUACUCUGCCCUCUGCUGGGUCCUUUGUUUGCCUACAUGCUACAGAGGCUCAGCAUCAAAUGGCAGGUGAUCAACCAGAGAACCUCUAUCAAUGGUGAAGAUGAAGAAGAGGUGGUGUGUCACGAGAGCCAAGUAACGCAGGAGAUGCUAGAGGAGCAUAUGAUCCGAAUGCUCACAAGGGAGGUGCUGGAGUUUCUUGCUAUGAGCUGUAUCGAUAAAAAAACACACGAAACAGCAACAAAUAAAGAGGAAAUAGAUGAGGAAGACAUGAUAAUGGAUUCGGUGCAGACAACAUAUUCAGCACAGCCCGUAGCAGACCUGACUGAACUGGGAAAAUGCCUCAUGAAGCACGAAAACAUCUACAUGUCCCUGUUGACACUCUCCUUCACCUCACUGUCAUGGAAAGAUACUAGUAACUGUCAUCGCACAGCUUCCAUGGUCUGUUGGACACUUCUACGGCAGGUUGCAGACUCCAAUCUUCUUCCAGAGGCGGUCACAUGGUUUUAUGCCAGUGUUUUUAGGGGCCUUCAAGUUCAUGGUCAGCAUGAUGUCUGUAACACAACCCUCACUCAGCUGGCUAUGCUAAUUUAUGAAAACCUGCGGCCUCGCUACAUGGACCUACGAACCAUGAUGACCCAAAUCCCAAACAUCAAUGUGGAAGCUCUGGACCAAUUUGAUCAUAGACUCAUAGAACCUGGUAGCCAGAAGGUUGGAGAGAAGAAGAGGAAAGAACAGUUUAAGAAGCUCAUAGCCGGAACUGUUGGGAAAGCUUUGUGCCAGCAGUUCAGGAAGGAAGUUCACAUCCGGAAUCUUCCAUCACUCUUCAAAAAGCCAAAGCCAGACAAGGACAUACUAAGCACUGAGCCAAUAGGCCUGGAAGCCCUCUUCUCUCCAGAGAAUAAUGAUCUGUAGCAACACACAGUGUUACUAAUGGACUUCAUGAAACUAAUGUGUACAAUCCAGGGUUUCCCUUCAGCAUCCUCCAUGUGGGGCAGUGUGGCACUAACCAACAUACGUCAACACUCCUGUUCACUAGGCUCUUUUUUUUAUCCUCACUGUGCUGCAGCACCUCUCACUAUUCUCAGUCUCUUCUGUGUCAGGAUCAUUCUCCAUUUUGUGAUUCACUGUUUUUUUUUUUCUCCAGAGCCCAGGUUUGGGAUCACAUUAAGCUUAGAAAUUUAAUGAUAUCAAACCAGCAAAUCCAGUAGCCUCUCAGGAAGGAGUGCGUGUCUGCGUGUGCAUUGUGUGGCUUCUGGAGAGGCGGAAACCUUUUGUAGUCCAAAUAAAACAAAACCUCAGAGGUUAGUGUUGGCAGGUAAGUUGUGUGGACAUGCUGCUGUAGAGGCUAUAAAGUCCCUGGUCAAUAAGAAUGGAAGAAGUAGGACAAAUCCUUUUCUGUGGACUAUAAUUUCUUCUGACUGGACUAAUUUGAAUGUUAUUUCUGAAGAAUAUGCUAAUGGUACCUCAGGUGCGAUGCUUUCUAUGAUGGGGUAAAGCUACUAAAGAAAAGGAAGCUGCUGGAUUAUUUUCAGAUAUGGUUAUUGUAGAGCUAAAAAUUAGCAAAGCCUUUUUGCUUUGUGAAGAUUAUGUAGUUUGAAGAAGCAGUGUUGGUUUAGAUUUGGUGUUUUUGAUUUAGCAAGGUCAUAUCAGCAAAACAUGGCCCAAGUACUGUUCUGUAAUGCUUACUUACUGAAACGCACAUAUCAUACUACAGAUAAUACAGCCACAAUUUGUGCCAAAACAUGGUAGACUUGAGCAAAGCAAAACCUAAUGGCACAUAACUUUACUAAAGAUUAUUUAAGGUUGGACUGAAAUAUGUGUAGCUUUAUCCAAGUCUUUGUUGUUUUUCUAGUUGGUCACAUUUGUAUGUGUUUGUACUGGUAUUGUCAGCCAUGGAAAAAUAAGAACCAGCACUACAUUCCAUCAUGUUGGAAGUCAUUUUAAAAUCUUUGUUUUUAAAUUAUGUCCUGUGUAGUUUCAGACCAAAAUAAAUGGGAUUGAGUCCUUUUUAAAUGCACAUGCCUGUGUUUAAGAUGCUGGUUGGCUAAAGACAAAUUCACAUGUUACACGAAGCUUGUUUUUUUUUUUUUUAUGAAAAUCUUUUGAUUGUUCACAUGUGGCCAUUUUAAGAAAAUACUUGUUCAACACUAAAAUGUUCUUUUAAAUAAAAAUUCACUUUAUCUAAAAAGAAUUUUGUAAAAUAAUUUACUUACUGUUUUCAUGCUUAAAUACAAAAUAUUUUGAUAAAUGAUAAACAGGGGUGCAUGUAAAUUUCAUUCAAAACUCACUAAAAGGUAAAGCAAAUGCAGAAAUGUAAAUUAAAUCGGACCAAAAAGUCUUUAUUUUUAAAGUGUAAGAAUGUUAUGCAAUUAAUUUUAUUCCUUUAACUUGACAUUAACAAACAUUACCGGUACAUGCUUAGUUGUAAAACCUUAUUUGCAUGCUCAGUAUGUCAUCCGCACCGCUGGGGGCGGUAACGCGCCAACUCUGGUCUGACACCUGCCGUAAACACGUACGCUGUGAGGAGGCGCAGUGAAGAAGAGCGAUGUUUAUCCAUGGCAGGUGCUGUCUGGUGUCCUAUGUCGUGUAUUAUUCUAUAUAUUGGAAUAAAGUAAAAUUUAAAAA